AUGGUGCGAGCGUGGGACCACGUGAGCACGGUAACAGCGACGCCGCGAGUGCGGGCGAAACGCCAAAAACCAGGAUGGAUUCGAUUUUCGGGCUGUCCUGCACUUAUGUUGGAAGACUCGGGUGUUGCUCAACUUGCAGCUCCCUUUGCUCUUACCCUUCUUUCUGGAUCCUUUCAUGUGGAUUUACUCGAUCUCAGGCAUGUGGCUAUUCAAUUGAGUAAUGAUUUGGAUUAUAGCCUGAUCUUUUCUAGGCGUUCUUAUUAUAUUCAAUCGUGCCAAAUGCGACUUCUUAAAUGGACUCCUGAUUUUGAUGUCCAUCAUGAAUCUCCGAUUGUUCCUAUUUGGGUGUCUUUUCCUAAUCUCAGGAUGCACUUUUUCAAUUCUCAAAUACUUUUUGGCCUGGCAUCUAUCCUUGGCCGACCUUUGCAAACGGACCAAGCUACGGGUUCGGUUCCUCGUCCCUCGGUGGCUAGGGUUUUGGUGGAGGUUGAUAUUUCUAAAAAGUAUCCUAAUGAGAUUUGGCUAGGGUCUGAAGUCAAUGGCUAUUUUCAAAAUGUUGAAUUUGAAAAUUUUCCCAUUUUUUGUUCCCAUUGCAAGAUGCACGGUCACAGUCUCAUUGAAUGCAUUAAACUGCAUCCACACCUUAAGAAAGAUAAAAAAAGUGUUAGGCUUACUAAAUUGCAGGGGGGAAACAAAAAAACUGAUGGUAAUGAUAAUUUGGUGGUAGGUAUUGAUAAGUCCUCUACAGCUCAGGACGUGGCGGAUGAGCCUGUUUUCCAGGUUGUUCCUUCGUCUUUUGGUAAUGAACCUAAUGUUGAUGUGGGAGAAGGAAAAAAUUCUCUUAAUGAAGUCAUUAAAGUGGCUGACCAUUCAUCCUCUUGUAUUGUUUAUGAAUCCUUACAAAAUGUUACUCAAGUUGUGGUGGUGGAGGAUAAUAAUAUUAUUGAUGUUAAUACUAACAAUAUUAUUGAGAAUGAUCAGGUUAUUUCUGCUCAAGGGGAGGUGUUGGCUUUGUUGGUUAACUCUCCUAUAGCUCAUAAUGUUACUGAAACUAACUUGGCUCAUGAAAAUGUUGAAAAUAUGUUGGAGGAGGAGGUGGUGCCUUCUUAG